UGAAGCCCGGGACUUCCACUCGUGCGUGAGGCGAGCGGAGCCGGAGACGAGACCCCGAGGCUGAAUUCCGGAUCAGACAAGAUGGCCGGGCUGCCCCGCAGGAUUAUUAAGGAAACCCAGCGUUUGCUGGCAGAACCAGUUCCUGGGAUAAAAGCAGAACCAGAUGAAAGCAACGCACGUUAUUUUCAUGUGGUCAUUGCAGGCCCACAGGAUUCCCCCUUUGAGGGAGGGACUUUUAAACUUGAACUAUUUCUUCCAGAAGAAUACCCAAUGGCAGCUCCUAAAGUACGUUUCAUGACCAAAAUUUAUCACCCUAAUGUAGACAAGUUGGGAAGAAUAUGUUUAGAUAUUUUGAAAGAUAAAUGGUCUCCAGCAUUGCAGAUCCGUACAGUGCUGCUCUCAAUCCAAGCUUUGUUAAGUGCUCCCAAUCCAGACGAUCCAUUAGCAAAUGAUGUAGCCGAGCAAUGGAAGACCAAUGAAGCCCAAGCCAUAGAAACAGCCAGAGCAUGGACUAGGCUAUAUGCCAUGAAUAAUAUUUAAAUUCAAUCUCAACAUCAAGUGUGCAUCACUUCUCCUGUUCUGCGAAGACCUCUUCCUUUUUUGUUUGCAUUUAAUGGACACAGUCUUAGAAACAUUACAGAAUAAAAACCCAGACCAUCUUCAGUCCUUUGGUGAUUAAAUGCACAUUAGCAAAUCUCUGUCUUGUCCUGAUUCACUGUUGUAACGCAUGAGCAGAGGCUAGAAGUAUCAUCUGGAUUGUUGUGAAAUUGUUUAAAAGCAGUGCCCAGUUCUGCUUUUAUUCAUUUCUCCCAUCAUGGUUUAAGUAUCAGCACUGUGAAUGAAAGUAGUUGUCGGUUAGCUGCUGGGGUGUGUCUUUUUUUUUUCUUCCAGUUUUGUGGGCUCCUUUUCCCUUUUUAUGGUGAUGCUAAUUGCAUUGGUUAAAGCAGCUAACCAGUUGUACUUUAGAAUAUGCCCUCUAGCCAAGUCUAACUUAGACGCUGUAGAUGGACAAGCUUGGUUGUUCGAACAAAAAUGGGAACAUUAAACAUCACAGCCCUCACUAAAUAUUGUGAUUCUGCUGUCAAGUGUAGAAACCUCCCUUCGAGAAAAGCUUGUGACCAUUUUGUAUGGCUUGUCUGGAAACUUCUGUAAAUCUUAUGUUUUAGUAAAAUAUUUUUUGUUAUUCUA